AUGCAUAGAAAGCAGAAAUUUUUCGUAUUUGAACUGUCGGUAACUAAAUUUGUAUAUGACUCAAUUACAGGUUAUGUUGUUUCACCUGGGAUGGCAUCGGAAGGGUUUUUUGGUGGUAAAUUUGUUGCGGCAUCGUCAGCAAUGGACAGAAUAACGAUAAAGCGUAAGUCAUGGUUUAAACCAGAUAUCACUGUCGAAACCAUGCAUAUCUCGUGCAAAUCUGACACAUAUCAAGAAGAUCACAACUAUGGUGGAAUCAUUAUUUAUCAAUACAACGGCAAGUCGGAAUGGAGAACUGCUAACAACACUCACUGUAAGCCUGGCUAUAUCGUCAUUCAAGACACAGGUUCAGAAAAUGUUGAGAAAUUGAAGAGUGAAGAGCUUGGUCAAGUUCACGGAGCUGUCUAUAGAAAUGCCUUCGGUGAAUCUAAGACGGAGAGCGUCGUUGGCGAAGGUUUUGCAAUACAAGACGGAAAGAUUAAAUUUAAUUCAGGCGUCUUUAACAACCCAAAGGGCAGUCCUUUCCAUGAUGGUCUUAAAUGGAUGAAUGAAUUGUCAGAGCAUUGCGUAAGAAAGGUAGUUAAAGAGUGGAUGACUGCAGGUUCGUCUGGGGUCAAACAGAGAAAUUUCGAUGUGAAACAACUGCUCGACGGUUUUAAUAUUGCAUACCACCCCACUUUGCAGGUGGAUGAAGAUAACAAUACGCGAUCUUGUAAUAUACUGUGA